GGCCGGUAGAUAGAAGAGAAUCGAAUAAUCAAAGAGUGAUCGUGUUCAGUCGAGACGAGUCGGUUUUCUGUCUUGUUCAGGAGCAUUGCACUUCCGAGUUUCGUGCCAACUUCUAGCAGAGGAGGAAAACCGAAAAAAAAGAGGGGUUUUGCUGAGAAAACCCCGUGAAAAACGGUCGCCAUGAAAGUCAUCCUCCUGCUGACGGUGCUGGCGGUGUGUCUUCUCGCAGCAGAGGCCAAGAGAAAGAGGAAAUUUGACAGCGAUUUCGAAUUUGCAGAAGAGGAUGAAACUAAACCCACAAAAUCAAUGGAGAAGAAAAGAUGGAUACACGAUCCCUCCAGUGACCUAUGCCGACCGCUGAACUGCAAAAAAAAAGAAAUUUGUCUGUUGGAAGAUUCGUUCACGGCAGUCUGUGUAUCCAGAAAGGAACUCAAGAAGAAUGGCGAUAUUGUAGUCCCAAAAGCUACAACAAAAAAAGAAGACUCUAUGGACGAAGAUGAUGACGAUGAUGAUGAGGAUGAAGAUGACGUCUUCUAUGAUUCUGACAAUGAUUCAGAUUCUGCAGUUGAAAAUUUGAGCGAUACUGUGAUAUGCAAACCCUGUCCAGUUGUCAAACCCACCUUCCUGUGCGGUUCGGACAACAGAACAUACAGCUCCCUCUGCAGACUCGACUAUCACAACUGCAUCCAUCACACCAACAUAAAAUUGGAUUGUAAGGGAUUCUGUCCUUGUAAAGAAAAAUAUGCUCAUCUGAAGAAGAAGCAGAGGCAGUCAGAGCGUUUAAAUUCGUACAUGAGCAAAUACAAGGCCACCCUCGAUAAAAGUGGAACAGGCGGUGGAGCUCUGGGUGGAAAAAUAUCCUCUUCAAAGUCCGACGUGUACACGUUCACGCCACAGGAUUUCAAGUACGAGAACAAGCAUUACAAAUAUAUAAAAUACACCAAAUUCAACAAGGAGAGACACGACAUUCCAUUCACAGAGGACAAGGACAGAUUGAGAGGAUACAACGAGGUAUUGGACAACAAAAUACCCAAUAAGGACGUGGACGCAAUCAUGUCCAGCAAACAAUGUACGCCUGUUGCUCUUCAAACAAUGGGCAUCCGCAUGCUAGAUUGGUUUUCAGUGGUCAUGGCUGAUUCCACCAAGAGGAGAAGGUCCAAGAAUAAAUCAGAAGCCCGCUUCCCAGUUUACUGUAAAGACGAAGUACGAUGGAUGUUCCAGCAUCUGGACUCGAACGGGGACUCCAAGUUGUCGCUACAAGAACUGUACGAUCUAGAACACGAUCAGAGUGAGGUGUGUCUGAGACCUUUCCUGCUGAAGUGUGACUUGGACAAGGACGAAGUCCUCAGACCUAUGGAGUGGUGUAGGUGUUUCUACGACACCGAAAGAUCGUGUCUUGCUGUCAAACAUAAACUCACGCCCGACUUGAUAGACGUAUACGUCCCAGAGUGUGACAGUGAAGGUUUCUACAGACCAAUACAGUGCCAUAGCGCGAUAGGUAUGUGCUGGUGCGUCGAUAAACAUGGUGUAGAGUUCGCCAAUACUCGUACAGCAUCAAAACCUAAUUGUGAUAAACUAAACAACAAAUCCCCUCCUAACAUCUCGAAGCAAUUGAGCAGCAACUCCAUCGUCGGUUCUGAUGACGAAGACAGCGAGGACGACGUAGAUCAAGACAUAGAAGGAAGUGCUGAUCGCCCUCAGGACUAUUAAUAGUACUAAAAUCAACAACAACUAGAUGCUUUAAUCUCGCCAUCCUAUAUAUAUAUAUAUAUAAAUACAUAUACACACUCUUAUUGCCUGUUACCCUACUCGGAAGAUUUUUUAACGUACCAAAAGACUUUUCACACAAGACACCUCCCCAGUUUCCAUCUUUCAGAUCAAUGGAUCAAUGUAAUAUAAGGUUUGUAUUUCAUUUUUUCCGUUCCAGUAUAAAUUGCCUACCGUAGACAGGUAGGUCAGAUGUGUAGUAGGCAAUAUCGUGUUGUAGUAUAAAGCAGGUCCUCUAGUUAUUAAACCUUCGAAUGCGAUGGAUCAAGGGUUGAAAUUUUCGGGGUAAUUUCAUCCGUAACCUAAAUUUCUCCGUCCUAUCGAAUUAUAAGCAAAUAUUCGGACGGUUCGAGAAAUUAUAAGCAAUUGCUUCGCCUCUAAAAACGUUCAUUUAGGAGGAAAUGAUUUCGUUUUUUGAUAAUUUUCACUUCAACUUAGAGAGAUUGGGAUUUGUGUAAAAACGCUUCUAUUUGCUCAUAAUUUGAUUGAUUUGCUGAAGGCUUUGCUUCAGUUAGCCACGGUCGAAAGUUCCAAGGACUAGAAUGGACUUGCUCUAUAACAUGCUUCAUAAUAAUUUAAGUAUAAACUUACUAGCGAUUAUCUGAACAUUCUAUAAGACUAUUUUACUUAAUUUUAUAAUCGACAAAGUGUAGACUGUAAUUGAGUUGAUUUUGUGAAAGUUUAUUUUUGUAAAUAUAUUCCUUUAACUGUAAGAACUUCAUCUGGCAGUUUCUUCUCAUAGAUUUGUUGACUUUUGUGAUUUUUAUUAUUUAUUUUCUGAUUUUUCUGGGGACAUUCGAAGCAAAGCGGUGGACUAUUGUUUUUUUAUCAGCUCAGUUCGGUAAUAAUUUCGUUUUUCCAUGAAUGUCUCUGAUUUUUUUCAGCAGUAUUUAUCUCUUAGAAUACUCGGAAGCUUCAUGUUUGUAUCGUCUUCGAAAAGAUAUAAGUAUUUAUGUGUUAGGUAAAUAUAUUCGUUGUUACACUUAGAGAUUAUUUAUGUGAUUUUUGACGUGUCUAAUAAUUGUUUGAACAGAAUGAUAUGAAGAAAAACAUUAUUUUAUAACUAGUUGUAGAAUAUUUAUAUUGACAUGAAUAAUACUCCAUUGAAUAAUUAUUCGAUUAGUAAUAUGUCUGUACAUAAAAUGAAAUUCCUACUUUGAAUAAGAUACUGAUAGAAUUUCGUGCAUUUUAAUCGUGAAAACAUUUGGCAUUUUGAACGGAAAUGACGAUGAAUGUUCUGUUUCGUAUAAUCUGGAUGUUCCAUUCACUUUAACCAAUCAGCUACUUUGUUUAUGGUUUUCAACAUAUUCAGUAAAAUUCAAACUUGAAA